AGUCCCUACCGUGAGUUGCAGUGUUGCCAAUAUGCCGCGAGUUGGUUUAUUAGAACGAUUGAAAUCUGGUAGACCAGUUAUUGGAGAUGGUAGCUUUGUUUUUACAUUGGAGAAACGGGGCUAUGUGAAAGCUGGGCCAUGGACGAGUGAAGCUGCUUACCAGUAUCCCGAUGCAGUUCGACAACUUAGUCGCGAGUUUGUCCGCGCAGGUGCUGAUGUUGUGCAGGCAUUCACAUUCUACUCAACAGACGAUAAAUUAGAACAUAAAGGAGUGUCGGACAGAAGUGUUUCAGAAGAUGUUGGCAAGAUCACGAGUAAACAGUUGAACAACGCUGCAUGUGACAUUGCUAGACAAGUGGCAGACGAGGGCGAUGCAUUGGUAUGUGGUGGCAUAUCACCAACACCUGGCUACAUGAAAGGUUUGGGGAAAGAAGUUGUACAGAAAGAGUUUGAUAAACAAUGUGAGGUUUUCAUUGAAAAGGACGUCGAUUUUAUGCUGGCUGAGUUUUUUGGUCACGUGGAGGAACUUGAGUGGGGUGUUGAAGUCAUGAAGAAAUAUGGAAAACCCGUAGCUGCAACUAUGAGAAUCUCAACAAUGGGAGACAUGAAUGGGGUUAGCACAGCAGAAUGUGCUAUCAGAAUGGCUAAAUCAGGUGCUGAUUUGGUGGGCAUAAACUGCCUAUUUGAUCCAGAAAACUGUAUAAAAACUAUGAAAGUAAUAAAGUCUGCAUUGGAUGAAGCUGGAUUGAAGCCUUUUCUGAUGGCACAACCAGUUGGGUUCUACACACACGAGGCUAACCAAAGUUUUGGAGGGUAUAUGGCAUUGCCAGAAUAUCCACUUGCUAUGGAAUCUCGUAUAAUAACACGGGCUGAAGCACACAAGUUUGCACGUGAAGCCUAUGAAUUAGGGAUACAUUACAUUGGAGGAUGCUGUGGAUUCGAACCAUAUCAUAUCAGGGCGAUGCAGAGGAGUUGGCAGAAGAGAGAGGAUUCCGCCCACCGGGCCAUGAUAAAAACUCACUGUGGGGGAUAGAUAUGGCGCAAAGUAGCUUCGAAUCCCUGACACAUAGAAUCACGAAAGAAUACUGGAUGAAUUUAAACCCUGCCGCGGGGAGGGUUGGUGCGCCCGAUCUGGCAAAAAUAGAUAAGUUUGACGGAUAGCACGG